AUGGAGGCGAUUCGAAGUUCAUGGAAUCGAUUACUCGAUGCCCUCACUCCUUUUUACCCUUACAUUUAUUACGCGACGGUUCCAAUUGGAAUAUAUGCUGUUGCUCGUCUCUUAUAUCGUUUUGUUCCCGGGCCGCAUUGUCUGUCGAAGUUUACGCUUUGCGAUCGUGUAGUGCUAAUUACUGGUGCUAGCUCGGGCCUUGGGAAAGAACUUGCAAUCCUGUUUUACCGCAAAGGUGCUAAACUUAUACUGGUUGCUAGAAGCACUGAUGCGUUAAAGAAGCUUUGUGAGGAAUUAAAAGCUACGCCUGGUAUCCAAAAUACGAAUGAGCCUGUUUACAGUUAUUUUGAUAUGAACGAAGUGAAUGAGAAAUCCGUGGAAGCUAUUGUAUCGCUUUCCCCUACUGGUAGGAUCGAUGUUUUAGUGAAUAAUGCCGGUAUAAGUAUGAGGGGGAGUUGUGAAGAGACGACCAUGGAAGUCCAAAGGAAGGUCAUGGAAACAAACUUCUUUGGCACUGUUUGCUUGACGAAAGCCCUAUUGAAUCGUAUACCUGAAGAUGGUGCUAUUGUGGUCACAAAUUCUGUUCAGGGAAAACUAGCAGUUCCCUACAGGAGCGCAUAUUCUGCAAGCAAGCAUGCUACGCAGGCCUUCUUUGAUUCACUAAGGUGUGAGAGAGGACCUUGUUUCCAUAUUCUCGAAGUGUUUGCUGCCUACAUGAAAACGGACUUCGGACGCCGUGCUCUUAAUGUACAUGGGGUUCCGGUUCAGAAGAGCGAUCCAGAUCAGGCCAAGGGUAUAGAACCAUCAGUUGCUGCUAUGAAGAUUUAUAAAGCUUUAGUGAAUCGCCAGACAGAAUUGCUGUUAGCUCCAGUGACAUACCGUUUAGCUAUUUUUUUGCGUUGGCUUUGUCCAGACCUUAUAUUCUACAUUUUAUAUAGGAGAAGUUUGAAGGAUCCUUUUGGAAAAAAGCGAGAUUAA